CUGCGAAGACACACGUGGGCACAGGUGAAGUCGACGAGGCCGCAGGAAGCGAAGGAGAAGCAUGAACUUCCUCAAGACUCUUGGAGGUUUGGUGGGGUCCAGCUCCACGGGCGGACUGCCCUACUCUAUGGAUGCACCAGCCAUGGACGGGAACGUCGCGGCUGGUGGAGCUGCAGGGGAGAGCGUCGUGUUCGAGGGGCUGCCAGACUUCGUGCUGCACUCCGGCAAGAGCAAGCAGGACCCGUCGCACGCUGUGUCCAUCUUCAAGUCUCGACAGCCAGCGGGGCAGCUCACACAGAACGCGCUGCGUCGUAUCAAGACGCUUCGCCACCCGAACAUCCUGGCCUAUCUGGACGGCACGGAGGUGCCUAACAACGGGCCUGUCAUCAUUGUUACGGAGCAUGUCAUGCCCUUGUCCGAGUUUCUCACGGCGCUGCGCAUGGAGUAUGGCGCCAACAGCGAGGAGUUCGGUAUGUGCGUGUCCUGGGGACUGCGCAGUAUCCUCAUGGCGCUGCAAUUCAUCAACGUGGACUGCAAACUGCUGCACGGGCGCCUGACUCCGCAGAGUAUCUUUGUCACCAAGGUAGAAGAACUCAAUUGGCAAUAAUUCUUUAAUAGUUGCUGACAAAUGUGACAGGGUGGCGACUGGAAGCUGGGAGGAUUCGAACUUACAGCCGAGAUAACAAGCGAUGGUCCUUCAUACAUCUACACAGCCUUCCAGCAGUACGCGGACGUCAACUACAAGUCACCAGGUGCGUCAGCUUCAAGCAAAGAAAUGCACUGUUAGCAUUAUAGUCACCAGUAUGUUUAUGCAGAAUGCCAACGCUCCGACUGGAAGGCUGUGGCCACCGGACCUUCUUAUGGCGUGGAUAUCUGGGCAUUUGCCUGUCUCAUGUUCUACGUGUUCAACGACGGCCAAUUCCGAUCGAGUGACGUGUCGACAGCUGCGAAUAUUCCGCCGGCAAUCCGGACUCACUUCCGCAAGGCCAUCGACGACAACGCUGCUCGACGGCCGAGUCCGCAGAAAAUGCUGAGCUGCAGUUAUUUCGAUACGCCGUUUAUCAAACGGAUGGAUUUUCUGGAGAAUCUGGCGGUCAAGGACUCGGAUGAGAAGGUGGCAUUCUACAAAGAGCUGUGCGCCAAUCUAGAGACGUUACCGCGAUGCUUUGGAGUGCACAAGAUUCUCCCAGCACUGAAGCAGGUUGUGGAGUUCGGUGCAGCCACUGGCGCGAAGAAUGGACCUGUGAAAUUAGACCCGUCGGCUAGCCACAUGCUCCCGGCCAUGGUACAGAUCGGCAGUUCGUUGUCCGCUGAAGAGUUUAAGGCGGAAGUGCUUCCGAUCAUCAUCAAGCUGUUUAGUUGCAGUGAUCGCGCUGUCCGUGUGCAGCUACUGCAGAUGAUGGAGAAGUUCGCUGUCCACUUCGACGCAAAGCUAGUCAACAGCUCUGUUGUCUUCGACAACCUGUGCAGUGGGUUUACUGACGCUGCUCCUGUUUUGCGGGAGCUUACGGUCAAGUCAAUGCUACACAUCGCCGACAAGCUGUCAGACAGCAACCUCAACAAUCGUGUCAUGAAAUACUUUGCAAAGCUGCAGUCUGAUCCGGAGCCAGCUAUCCGAACAAACACUACGAUUUGUCUGGGAAAGAUUGCCAGCAAACUCAAUGAUGCAACAAGACCGAAGGUGUUAUUUCCAGCUUUCGCGAGAGCGUUGAGAGAUCCCUUCCCUCAUGCGCGUCUUGCUGGACUUCGCUCGAUGACUGCGUGCCAAGAGUACUUUACACCGCAAGGAAUGGCUGGCAGCAUUGUCCCAGCGAUCUCACCUCUUCUUUUGGACGUGUCGAUUUCUGUCCGAGAGCAAGCCAAAACGUCGAUUGAUAUUUUCAUGAAGACGGUCAUGGAUGAAGCUGCCCAGAUGAAGAUUCGGGAAGAGUUGGAAGCCAAGGAACGUGAAUUGAAGCGCGUCUCGGGCGAGGGUGACCAUGUGGGUAAUGUCGGGACUGGGGUCACCCCGCCACCCUCAAAUGGUGGUCACAGCUCGGGCGGAUAUGCUUCUUCUUUGACAGCAUGGGCCUCCUCGGCUGUUGCUUCGAACGUUAAUAAGCUGGUCGGCUCUGGCGGGUCAUCGUCCUCACUUUCGACUCUAGGAUCAACCGCUGCCGCUCCAUCGUCACGUUCGUCCUCCUUCUCUAGCAACAAGAACCAGACCAAUGGAUUUAGCUCCUCAUCCGCGCCGUCGUCCAAGCACAACAGCUUCAACGCGUUCCCAGUCGAUGAUUUCGCUGAGGACGGUUGGGGGAAUGACGACGACUUGGACGGCCUGGAUAGUCCGAAGCGAACCAGUUCAGGUUCUGGUACGUCGUUGUCGGUGAACCGAGGGCCUUCGUCUUCAUUCACGUCCCCAGCAGCAUCGUCACUAUCAGCGUCGUUGUCAUCGUCGUCUUCGUCGGUCAAACUAAGUGUUUCGCGCAAUGUGGGCGCUGGAGUACCGUCCUUGACAACGAAUACGACGUCGAUGUCCUCUUCUUUCGCGAUGAAUAACGAUAGUGCAUGGGGAGAUGAUAACUGGGGCGGCGAUGACCUGGAUUUUGAUGUGUCAGCGCCAAAGGCGAACGCUCUUAGUGGGGGUGGUAGUGGAUUGAAUACGUCCACGAGGACAUCCAUCGCUAGUGCACCAGGGUCGUCUAGUGGGUUGUCUACGCAGAGGAAAACAGCGAGCGAACGUCGCGCAGAAGCUCAAGCAAAGGCGAAGACGAAGCAUGAACCUUUGGGGGCGAUGAAAUUGGAUUCCACUGCCAACGCAAAAGCAGACGACUGGAAUUGGGAUUUCUAGACACCAAAGAGUAGCGGCUGCAGUGAUUCUAACUACGUGCUUCUGUUUGUUUUGUUCUCCAUUCUAUUGUUCUUUUUGGUGGAUUCAAUCCAAGACCGCCUUGCAGAAUUGAAGCCGCGCUUGUCAGCUUACAAGUUGACUUGAGGUGUGAUGUAUCCAUGUUGCUCUACUUGGCUUUCUCCGAUUCCGUCGCGGCCGGUUUGAGCUUGAAAAGGAAAAUGUCGAGGAAGUCGCAAAUAUCCUUCACCACACCAGAGACGAAGUGCAAGUACACCACCACGAUGAAGACCACAUACAACGACGACGCCACAAUAGUAGGGAUCAGCGGCUUGGAGAGGAUCCCCACAGCAGGUCCGUAGGCGUUGAAGAUGACGAAGCCGAAAGGAAUAAUGACACGAAGCUGCGGAGUGAAUGGGAUCUUGCACAUGUGACUCACGAUCAUUCGCGUCUACAAAGCACAGAAACACAUUAAAGGCGAUCAGAACUGCAAGAAGAAAUAUCAACUUCGCAAUGAAACAAAUGUACCGAGAAGAAGACAUAGCCGAUGCCAAUCGGGAACAGGAACAACACCGGGUAGUUCGCAUAGUUGUCCGCGUCAGGGCCACAGAUCCAGAGCGACCCUAGCACCAGUAGAAUGCCAAUAGGAAUCAGCUGGAUGAGUGCCAGAUGCUUGGAGAUGUGCUUGUUGCCCAGCUCGUCGCGUGGAAUGGCGUCUGGGGCCGCCCGCAGCACGUUCGAGAUGUUACCGUACGCCAACAAAACGUUACUCGCCACCAGUGCACCAAUGAGAACGUCCGUCAUGGUCACAGGGAACGGCGUUGGGAUAGGAACCUCUGCCGUCCAGAAGCCUGCGCCGAAGAAGGCCGCUACCAGGUGAACUGCAACCAACGUGAGCUGUCCCUCCGUGACGCCGAAGAAGCCGUUGCCGCAGCUCAUGACGCCUGUGUGGUAUUCCUCCCAUUGCGCCAAGUAGAAGGCAAUGGACACGGACGACAGCGCAAUGUACGGACGGAGACCGACGCCAGCCUGGCACGUGGCAGCGGCGCUCAGCACGUUGAAGACCGUGCAGACAGCGUCGCAGCCGUGGUCAAAGAGCUGACCCAGCGGGGACGAAGCGCCAGUGCGACGCGCCUGCUUGCCGUCUAGCGCGUCCAUGGUCUGGUAGAAAAAGAGUCCCAGCGCCGAGAGGAUGUAGACCUGCAGAGAGAUGAGAAAGCAGUUAGUAUAGCGAUUGUUUAGGGAAUAAAGGGUAGCUACGCACCCAAGCGGGGCAGGUCUCAGAGAAGUGGGGCGAGUAGUAGAGCUGCACCACUGUAGUGAACAUCAUGGCGCCCGUACCGAUCAUCGUCACGAGGUUGGGCGCCAUCCAGAUGGGCAGGAACUGCACGGAGUACGUCCAGAAGUGGUUGAGCACAUUGUCCAGAUACGUGUACGUUCCCCUGUAGUGAACAACAGAGCAACAAAGUCAGCGACCGGUGCAUUCUUCCCGCAGUCCACCCGCAGCAACUUACGCCUUGUACUUGUAGGAAGCGAUGCCUUCCAGCGCCUUCUUCCCCAGCAUCUCUUCUCUUGGUCUCUGCCGUGCUCGAGUCGCUUUCUCCUCUCGUCAGCUUGUGCUCUUCUCAAAAAGAAAAAAGCACUGAUAGGCAGCCAACAAACAGUACUUGUUUUACUACAACAGGAAAUUGUAUAACCUUUAUAGAUUUAUUAAACAAAAGUCAGAAAAAGCUUGGA